CGAAGGCUUGAGAACACCAUCACUGUAUUUAUUCUUUCGUUUAUAUUUUCCAAUUAUUUACAGGUCUUUCUCAUCUUCCUUUUUCUCUCUCAAAGUCCUCGAUUCUGACAUGACUCACUAAGAUAUGAAAACCGAUGAAUUCCAUGUUAUCUCUCCCGUGUGACUGACGACCCGGAGGCCAGCCAGUCGGCGCGCAGAUACCACGCCAGUUGCGGUCUCCUUGCAGCGCUUGGAGGCGCCCUUGCUACUGUCCCGUGCUUGUAGGAUCUCUGGCGUGAAUUCCUUCAGGAUUUUAAGUUAUUUCAAGGAACGAUAAGGAGGUACGCGUAGGAUAUCGACGGCUGGAGGAUCGAGUCGCCGCAGGAGUCGGGCGUAAAUAAGUCGCUGCGUCGGAGAAGAAGAGGGAGGACUUAGCUGUCCAAAAUGGCGCUGGGGAAGGGCAAGGGGAAGAUGGAGGAGCACCUCGAGCUGCUCCAGUACCUCAUUUACAUCUUCAAUACCGUCUUCUUCUGCGCAGGCGCGGCCAUUUUCGCCAUCGGCCUGUGGAUUCGCUUCGACAAAGACAUGGACGAGCACGUGAACGGGCUCGGCAUGCACUUCUACUGGACGGGCACCGGCAUCAUCAUGGGCGGCGCGGCGCUCGUCAUGAUCACGUCCUUCAUCGCCUGCUGCGGCGCUUUCUUCAGGAGCAAAUUUCUGAUGCUCGUCUACAAGAUCAUGACGGUGGUGACCUUCGGCCUCCUGCUGGGGGGAUCCGCCUACGUGCUGGACAACGGCCUGGAGGACUCGCGCAUCUACCCGUGGCUGCAGGAGGCCAUCAGGAACAAGAUCUACCAGUACCAGUGGGACAUGUCAGCCAGGAGGACUGUCGACAUCCUUCAGGAAUAUGUCGGAUGCUGCGGUGGGUACUCUGCCGGCGACUACGGGGCAAUUCACUUACCUGUUCCAGACACCUGCCGAGAUCAGGUCACAGGAAACCAGUAUGGGGAUUCCUGCGCUGAGAUCUUCUCCCAGUACCUCGAAGUCCGAACCGGCUGGAUCACUGGCCUCUCCCUCUCCUUGUGCUUCUUCCAGUGCUUCGCCAUGAUGUUCGCCUUCUGCAUGUGGCAGGCGCUCAAGGAGAUCCAGAAAGGAAACUAAUCACAUAAUUCGUCCGGUCAAAGGAUCGCAGAAGAAAAUGCACGUUAUAUGUCCUUGUGUCCUUUGUCAGCGCCUAACAAGUUUUAUACCUCACUGUUUUAUAAAUCCUGAAAAAAAUGAAUGUUUGCAUUGCCAUAUGUGUUGCUCCAUUGUGGUGUGAAUGUGUCAAUUUGUAUACGGUGCAAAGUGACACCGUCUUAUGAUUAGUUUUAUUUUGGUUGCUCAAGUACUUUCCUCUUUUUUAUGAUUUGUACUGUAAGAAUGAUGACACUAAUUUACUCUGUGAGUAGAAAACUGUCCAACUAUAUUUGGAAAAAGAAAGUUAACUGGAUGCUGACAAUAAACUGGUCAUUCAAUAACCUAGGUUAAUCGGUGACUUCUAAAAUUAACGGUGUGUUUAGAUUAUCUUCGUUUCUGAAAUGCCGUAUGGAAUAAGAAUUACCUUCUAAAGCCCGGGCUUCACCAGCCAGACUCAAUCCUGAGCCCUGGACCAUCUCAGGACCUCACCCCGGACGCCCUGUUUCCCGCAUAUAUUGGUUACAUUACAGAAACACUCUGCAAGGCUUGCAGUAUCUAUACUGACUACAAAUGCCUUUGUGCUAUAGCUGGCUAAUUGUAUUAAUAAACUUUGAAGGCAGUCAUGGACUAUAUACCAAUAUUGCCCGCGAGAAAAUUGUAGGAUUUGGACAAAGAGCGCUCCCCGACUUGUAUGUUUCGGUCUGACAAGGUUAAGGCGACCUCGGCUUAACAAAGUAACACUCCGGAAAGGUGGCAAAAGGCUUCCUCUUUUCUGGCAGAUUAUUCUCCAUUCACCAGUGUAUAUUUGUUUCGUGUAUUCUCCAUUCAUUGCUAGAUGCAGUAGGAAGUUUAUUUACACCAUUUAGCGCUGACUACAGUGGCGAGGUCGAAUGGCAUUGCAGUCUGACCAAACCAAUGAAGUCGGUUUCCUAAUAAUGUAUUUUUUCCCUGUAAUCUACACUGUAGUAGGUAAGAUAUGUUUACUAAUAUUCUUUUUUUUUGAAUUUUUGGAAUAAAAGUGAUUUAUCAUA